AUGAGGAAUGUACCACUAGUGAAGCUUGGACACGCUCCAGGGCCACAACAUUUUUCCAAGCCUUUAGUGCCGCUAGACCAGGUAUUCAUAGAGAUCGACGCUGGUUCAGUGCGAGGAACCAUUGUUACCACGUCGCAAGGCGUCAGCGUUCGUGCCUUCCUGGGGAUUCCAUUCGGAGAGUCAACGGAAGGUCGUAACAGGUUCCGCAAGCCUAUACCGGUGAAAGCGUGGAAUGGCACGUUCAACGCGACUAAGGCGAGGACUCCCUGCGUUCAAGAGUCAUACCUGUCACAAGCCAUGCGCAUAGACAACGCGAACACUACCGAGGACUGCUUGCACCUGAACAUCUGGGCGCCAAUUCAGCAACACCCCACGGAGCCCAAGAAGGCAGUCAUGGUCUACUUCUACGGGGGAUCCUUCACGCACGGUGGCAACAGUUACUUCUUUUACGACGGUCGCUACAUAUCGAGCAUCGGAGAUGUCGUAUUGGUCGUUCCGAACUACAGGCUCGGUGCUCUUGGGUUCCUGAACGCGGGAACGCCAGACGCGCCAGGAAACGUUGCACUGCACGACCAGAUCCUGGCGCUUUCCUGGGUCAAGGACAACAUUGCCGCUUUCGGGGGAGACCCGAAUCGAGUCGUCCUCUUUGGCCAAAGUGCAGGUGCGAUCUCCGUGAGCUUUCUGCAGAUAUCGCCCCUCACUCGCCACUUGUACAGGCGAGUCAUCCUGCAGAGUGGCUCGGCUUUGGUGCCACUUCCUGAGAAUAGCCGCGACGUGGCGCUCGCGAACCUGAGACACAUAGCGAGCGCCACUAACUGCACCAGGGUGUUUCCGAACGGCAACUUGUCAACCGUGGACACAGUCAGCUGUCUGAGAACUGUCGAUGCCAAGGCUCUCGUCGACGUGAAAGGCGCAUUCUUCUAUCCCUGUUUCUACGACAAGGUCCUACCACAGCUUCCGACUGAGCUUCUCAAAUCCGUGGACUUCAGAGACCACGAAAUGUUAAUCGGAAACACGCUUCGUGAAGGUGACAUGUUUUUUGAAGCGAUGUUCGGCCAGAAGAGGCGGUCGUCUCCUGCGCCUGCAGAAUCACGUCUCAGCUUGGAUGCAAUAGCCAAAGCGUACGACUUCUUCUACAAGCGGACUGGUUUCUUGAAAGCGCUGUUUACGCUGGCGCAAAUACAGCGGCUGUACGACUUACUAGCCAGACUUACGAGGGAUUCAAAGACGCCGUCGGGGAUCUUUUGUUCAACUGCCCGACCAAGUUUUUCGCAAAGUACUUUGUAG